ACAUUCCGUGCUGAGAUAGGCGUUGGGUAUGUUUGAAUAAUUGUGGACGUACAUAUUUAAACAAAAAGAGUCUUAUCCGUCAUUUGAGAUAUGAAUGUGGUGUAAAACGACAAUUUCAAUGCUCUAUGUGCUUCCAACAAUUCAAACUUCAGUGUCAUUUAAAAAAACAUGUAUAACAUCACGUCAAAAAGCUAUUUUAAUGAAUACAAAUAAUUCUGAAUCAAAAGUCCGUUUCUUUUGUUUAAAUAUGUGUGGUCGGAGCUAUAAGAAUAAACAGCAUAUGACCCGUCACAUGACCAGUGAAUGUGGCGUGCAACCAAAAUUUCGAUGUCAAUACUGCAAGAAAUGUUUCACACGAAAACAAACAUUAAAGAUACAUUUAGUAGCUGUACAUAACCGUUCGCCAGAUGAAAUCCUAGGAAACCCUCGUCACUGUUUAAAUUGGACCACUGUUGAUUAAAUGUCAUUAUGUUUUAUCUAUAUGUUUUUAAUCUUUAAUAAUAUUAAACAAACUAAAAUUAUAAUAUACACAUAUUAUGUUAUUUCACAAAAUUAUUAUUUAAUUUGUAUAGUUAUACACAUUUAUUUUAUUUUUGGUUAAAGAAUAUGACAGUAAAAGAGGAUUACCACAUACCCACAUUACUGAGACAUUGUUUCAUUCUUGAUUGACAUGUCAUUACUUACUUAGGUUCUUAGUGUACUAACAAAAAUAAACUUUUUAGAAAUAUUUAAUACCUAAUCUUAGUAAUUAUUAUUGUACUUAAUAAUUGUUUGUUGUACGUGCUACAUAUUACACAAUAUACAUCACUUACAUGUAUACAAUAUGGAUCUUACAAUUGAUUGAUGAUUAUACAGAAAAAUCUCUACACCGUCAUCAGUAACCUUUCAUUGUGCAAAUAAUGGCAUAGUUAAGAUUUACUGUCCAAAAUGUAACAAUAUAUAUGGAAGUAACAAAAGUUUGUUUAUACAUUUAAUGUAUGAAUGUGCAAG